UAAGGGCAGAUAACUGGACUGAUACCGGUAGGUGUGUUGCGCUGCGGUUUGGACACCGACUCCUCGCAGAUCAGUGCGACAGAUUGCAUUGAUAUAACGGAUCGGUGUGUUGUGGUGCAUUUUGGAAUCGGAUGUGCCUGUAUGGUGUGAGACUCACUACUCACACACGGUCUUAUUUCACCCUGAAUCAUGGCCGAUAUCUCGGCUCCAUGUCCCGUACCGGAAUCAUUGGUGGUGGUGCUGGACCCGGCGGCGGGGAUCGGGACCGAGAGAGACCGAGAGAUGAACAUUACCGACAGCGUGGAAGGAGAAGGUCUGUUGGAGAGCAGCAUGCGUCUAAAGCCCCAUGAAGCUCAGAAUUACAGGAAGAAGGCACUAUGGGUAUCAUGGAUCUCCAUCGUGGUGACGCUCAUCCUGGCAGUGGCGGCCUUCACCGUAUCCUUCAUGCGACACAGCGCAUCAGCCUUUGGAUUUGCUUUUGAUGCCACACUGGAUGUGCUGACAUCAGUCAUCGUGCUGUGGCGCUACAGUAACGCAGCUGCUGUGCAUUCGGCCCACAGAGAGUACAUAGCCUGUGUGAUACUGGGGGUUAUUUUCAUCCUGUCCUCCAUGUGUAUCCUGGGCAAAGCCAUUCAUGAUCUGUCCACCAAACUCCUGCCUGAAGUGGAUGAUUUUCUCUUCAGUGUAUCUAUUGUUAGUGGAAUACUGUGCAUCAUUCUGGCCAUCGUCAAAUUCAUGCUGGGGAGGGUGUUGACCAGCAGAGCUCUGAUCACUGACGGUUUUAACUCUUUGGUUGGAGGCAUCAUGGGCUUUUCCAUCCUAAUCAGCGCUGAGGUAUUUCGAAACGAGCCCACCGUCUGGUUUCUGGAUGGCACCAUUGGGGUUCUGAUAGGCCUCAUUAUUCUAGCAUAUGGAAUAAAGUUGUUAAUUGACAUGGUACCACGAGUAAGACAAACCAGAAACUAUGAGCGCUUUGAGUGAGCGACUUUGAGGAGAAAACGGAAUACUCACCUUACAACUUCACCUCCAACACAGAAACAUAUCUUUCCUUAAAUAUUCCAUGCAAGAAUACAUUUUGUGACACCACCUGCAUUUUGGCAGCAGUUACAGGACUAAUUACCACCUCCUUAUCACCACCAAUUUUCAAAUUCAGUCUCAGCACAACACACCUCAGAGUAAAGAGAAGCAAUGAUGAAGGCACAGCAGGAGAUGCUUUCUGAUAUUAAUUCAGGUAAAGGAAUCAAGGAGCUCAAAGCCAGCCAAUCAAAGCUUUGUGAUAGCCUCCAAUGCCAGGUGUGGAGUGUGUAAUGAAGUAUUUGUAAUUAUGAAUGUUUUUUCUCUGUCACCAUUCGACAAUUAUAUAUGAGAAUAAAUUCACCGGACUGCUCCAGAUUAGGGAUGCGUUAAUACUGAAAACAACAUCCCAGCAUGUUGUUCUUGAUAAUAAGCCAUUAUCAUGCCUUGAUGAUGAUGAUGAUGAUGAUAGACAUUGCCACAGUGAAAACAAUAAAAGACACACGCAAACUCUACUUGAUCCAAGGCGGAGCUAGCUAAUGCACUUCAUUUUAAAUAAACUCACUAACAUUUAAAAAAAAAAAAAAAAAAAAAAGACUGGAAACUUAAGCCAUGAAAAUUCACACGUCUAUUUUUUCAAACAUACAACUUCAUUUCAAGGGGAAGAUCGAAAGAGCUAAAUAACACGUUCCAAUGAUUAAUGAUUGAUUAAUUAACGAUUGAUUAAUGUCCUUGUACCGAGUAUGAAAAAUGGUAUCAACGCAUCCCUAUUGUGGAUAAUCCCACCGCACAGAGCCUGUGUUCUAAUGGAGGUCUUUCCCCUGAGUGUCAUAUUGGGUUAAUGCAACCUAAUUUAGCUGUAUCUAACCUUUGCUUCUAACAAAGCCAUGAUUUGUCAGAGAAACUAUGAUACCUUGUUAAAAAUAUCCAUUCAUUAAUUAAUUUCCAAUUAGGAGUCUGCAUAGUAAAUAAGAAUAGAAACUCUAGAUAGCUCCAGGGUCCUUAUUCCUAAUAUGAGCCUAAAGGGACCAAUAUGUUAAAUAAAUCCUGAGUUAUGUCAUUUAUGAAUCCCUAAACCAAGGAGGUGUGAUUUAUAGCAGCGUUGCUAGCUCUAGCACUGCUCCGUCACAUGCUUUGUGUUGUCAAGUUGUCAGAUAUCUUGCAGCAUUAGAGCAGGGAGCCAAAGUCGACAAACACGAUGACAUGAUCCGUGAAAAGUAAGGGCAGCUCUCUUUGCAGAAUAUGUAUGUUUGUGUCAUUGGACUAUAUUUAGCGGGAACAACUAUUUCAACCAACAAUGAAUAUACAAUAUUAUAUAUACACACACGGUGCAAAAGGCUUAGGCAUGUGUUAAAAAAUGUGCAGAGAGCGUAAUAGGUCCUCUGGUGCUGAAGAUUUUUCCGUAAUAAACACUAACAAGACUUAAAUGAAAAGCCUGAACAAUAAAUCAUCCAAGAACUUGAAGAGAUGUUUCAUCAGAUGUAAAUAAGUGAGAGGCUCAAUUUUUAGCGGACAUGAAUCAUUUAAAAACAAUUUAGUCACUUAUUUUUAAAUUCAGUAUGUUCAAUGUCACUUUCUGCUCUUUUUAAUGAAGCACAAGUCUCUGAAACCUCCAACUGCAGUAUUGACGUUUCCUCAGCGAUAUGAACCUAAUUAAAUAGACUGUUUUUAAUUAAUUAAACAUCAUCCAUAUAACACAAACAGAUUUAUGUUCAAGCAGAAAGAAAAUUGCCAUUGGUUAGCAUUUGAACCGUAGGUUUUAGCUAUGGUCAAUUUAAAAGGAUAAAACAGCAUAGCAUCAAUAUUUAAAUUAUAUUAACAGUUCUAGAUCACGGUUUUCCCAUUUUUUUUUAAAUGAUUAAUUAAUUAGUUGACUACAUUAAUUAGUUACAGUUCGUACAGGUUCCAAAACAACUCUUCAUUUUCGCAGAGAAAUGUUGUCGUUAAAUUAAAAAAGAGCACACUGCCUAAGCAAGCACACUGUCUUAUUAAUGUAAUCUUGCACAUUAUGGGCCAAGUACAAGUUUAUUCCAAGCCUCAUAAUUUUUUAUACAUAUUAAAGAUUACACACAACGCAGAGUUCACAAAUGUUUUUUAUGGGAAUAAGUAAGGCCAUUAAAGGUGGGGUCUCUGUUGUUUGAAAGCCAAUGUUGACAUUUGAAAUCACCAAAACAAACACGCCCCUAACCCACAUGGGUCCCACCCGUGUAACCCAGUACGUAACCCAGACAACUAAUGGAAAGAAAUGUGUCUAUCAUAGCUGAAGGGAAGAACAAUACGAUUGUAGAUAAACAAACAAGCAAAAAUGACACACAAGCAUAAUCAUGUAAAGGACAAAGACAUAUAUUAGUUCUGUGUAACAAAGCAAAACCAACGUUACUCACCUAUCGAGAAGGAAAAAAGCGCCUCGGCGUCUUAAGUAAAGUUGGUCA